AUGGAUGGGUAAAAGAAUAUAGCAAGAAAGAUUCCUUCUCUCUGUCUUCAAAUCCAAUCCUCAAAUUCGUCGUCUUUCUUUCUCUCUUUCCCUGCCUUUUUCAUUUUCCUCCUUCACCAUUAUUACCCUUUUCAUUUCAAUCAUUUUUUACCAUUCAUUUUUUUUCUUGUUGGGGUACUGUAUUGGUAUUUAAGAGCUUUUCUUUGUUGAUGGCGUUUUUGUUUGUGGUCUUCCAUUUGACUAGUUGCUUCCCAACUCUUUGAUUUCUUGGGCUACAAGAAGAACAAGGAGGAGGGAGAGGAAAAACGAUUCCUUUUCUGCUGCUUUUACAGCUUUCGGUUACUGGUUUGGUUGAAUCCCAAGAAGCAGUAUGGAGGGAUUUCUUUUUCCCAAUAGUGCUAUAUCCAUCAGUGACUAUGUCAGUUCCAACAAGGAAUUCCACUGCUUUGCUUCCAUCUUGUGUGGCAUCGUUCUCUGCCGUAUUGUAUAUAAGUUAACCGGCCAAGUUAGCGCUUCUUGCUUUGAGAGAUAUGGCAAAUUAAGUACAGCAGAAAAAGUUGAAUGGAACAAUCGGGGAUUCUCAACAGUUCAUGCUAUUUUUGUAGCAUUUGCAUCUCUCUACCUCCUGCAAUCAGAUUUGUUUAAGGAGGAUUUUCAGCAUGAGCUAAUUGUUGAUAGAAAAUCUACUUUAUCUGAUACGGUAUUGGGGGUCUCUAUUGGCUAUUUUCUGUCAGACUUGGGGAUGAUUUUUUGGAAUUUUCCAGCUCUAGGUGGUUUUGAGUAUGUAAUACACCAUGCACUGUCCAUGUUUUCAAUCAUUCUGUCCCUUGCAAGUGGUAAAGCGCAGAUUUACAUACUUAUGGUUCUCUUCACUGAGAGCACCACUCCUUUUGUAAAUCUUAGAUGGUACUUGGAUACUGCUGGUCUGAAGGGCUCAACUCUUUAUGUCUGCAAUGGUAUUGCAUUGUUCAUUGGGUGGCUGGUUGCAAGGGUUCUUUUGUUCAUUUUCUUUUUCAUCCAUAUGCUCAUACAUUUUGAUCAGGUGAAGACAAUAUUUCCUUUGGGCUUCUACAGUUUGCUGGUGGUGCCUCCAGUGUUAGGAACCAUGAAUCUGUUCUGGUUUUGGAAGAUCGCGAAAGGUUUGAUCAAAACCCUUUCUAAGGCAAAACAUAGUCACAUCCACAGUCAGUGAUGCUACCAUUCAAAAGAUGAUAUUGAUGGAUAUGUGAAUGGGAUGCAAUCACCCAAUGUACAUUUAGUUACACGCUUUUUUUCUCCACAAAUUCUUUUGUUUUUGUUGGGAGGAGACCUUGACAUUGUUUGUGAUUUUAAUAUUGAAAAAAAAAAAAGAAAAAAAAAAAAAAAAAAAGGAAUACAAGUGAAUGGUUAAGAAGAUAUAUUCAGACU